AAAAAUUGUUUUUAAAAUGACCUCAUUAAGAAUGAAACGUAGUAUUUCUUUUAAAAAGUGACGCUCCUUGGAUUUAUUUUAAUGUACUGUACCUUUAAAAAAAGUAGGCGGGUCUAAUCGUUUGACCAAUGAGCGGGCUUCUUGGGAUUUAAAUAGCUCUGCGUGUCAAUCAUACGCCCCUCCCCCUUCCCUUCCAGUCAGCUCAGCUCUCCAGCUCCACUCCGGCUCUCAUCGCCAUAUUGGGACUGGGAGGUUUGUGUGCAGUCGCUGUGGGCGCGGAGCGGCUCCAGUUCCUGUCUGUCUGCACUUUGUUUUCAUGACUCGCGGAGACUUUCUUCGGCUUCAGGACACCGCCGCAGUUUUCGCCCACAGCUCGACGCACGGAUGGCGGCAUAAGCCGUUUCUGUACGCCUGUUUCGGAUCUUGACCCCGGAGGAGAUACCCGUUGUUGUUGUUUUUUUUUUCCCUCUUUUUUUUUCUGUUUUUCGUGUAUUUUUCUUAUGACAACUGGACGCUGUGGGCUGCCUAAAGAAAGCGUCUUUUUCGGGGGUGGAAAAAACAUGUCAGGUGUCCGACUUUCAAACGGGAGCCCGACGUUGGAGCGGACGGACUCGCGGGUGGCGGAGCACCCGAAACCGUCCGCCUGCAGGAACCUGUUCGGCUCGGUGGAUCACGGCCAGCUGAGCAAGGAUUUUAACGCACACAUGCGGGAGCAGGAGGCGGCCGCCGCCGCCAAGUGGGACUUUGACUUCGUCAAUGACACACCGCUGGCCGACAACCGGGCCAGGUUCCAGUGGGAGCUAGUGAGGUCCUCCGAGCUGCCGGGUUUCUACAGGCGGCCGCCGCGGAGGGACACCGGCGGCCGCUCUGGGAACAACGCUGUGGAUCUGAACGGGAACCACCGCUGUGUUCUGGUGGCUUCCAGCGAGGACACCGGCAGGUCUGACGGGCAAACGGACUGCACCGGGCCGAGGAAAAGACCUGCGUGUCAUGAGCCCUCGCCGCAGAGGAAGCGGUCCCACAGCAGCAGCAGCGGUCCCGGUGAGGUCAGCUCCGGCCUGUCGGUGGAACACACACCCAGGAAGCUCAGUCCCAACAGGCAGACGUGAGGACGGGACAGCGCACAGAGCUGAAGAUGUGCCCCCCCACCCCACGUGUAUUUUUAUAUAUUUCCUCCUGCGAGACGUCGGUGUUGGCCGAGGGUCUGGGCCGAGGGUCUGGGCCGAGGGUCUGGGCCGAGGGUCUGCGCAGCAUCAGGAACAUAUCGGCUCUCCUGGAGGCCGGGGGGAGGACGCUGCUGAAGCACUGAAUAGAAACACUAAAGUUGUGGCACUCAGUAAAACAAAAGUUACUGCCUCUAACAGCAGAUGAUGUAGCAGUGUGCAAUUAGGUCUAAUUUCCCUUUUUGCUCCUUUUUUCAUACCUGUGUAAAUAAUCUAAUUAAAUAUAUAUAAAUAUAUUUCUCCAAAUGUAGCACAUAUUAAAAAAAAAACGUGAUUUCAAAACAUCCUUUCUGUAAAAAAGGUGUUGAUUUGACUUGAAGUAUUGCAGUGUAGUUUUUUAAAAAGUUCUGUUCUAAUAUUAUAAUUGUUUUUUCUGAAAGUGGUCGACCCAGUCCCGAAUUGCUACACUUUAAAAGAAAAUCAUGGAUUAUUAUUUUAUUUAAAACGGUUUCUGAACAGUGUGUUUUCACUCCGUCAUCUUCCUGACUCAGCGGUGAAGAACGGUACAAACGUCGCUCGUUUAUUGUAACUUUUUAAUCAACAGGAAGCUCUUUUUUAUUAAGAGCUGGACUCAGAAAAUAACACAGGUGAUGUAAAAACUCAAAGUAUUUCAGAUAUUUAUUUCAUAAAAGAUGCUUUAGCAUCGUUCAGGCCUUGGAUUUUUGUCCUGUUGUGUUUUUGUUGAAGUUACGUUGUAAUGUUUGUUUUUCUUUCCCUCGAGCUGCGAGGUACUCAAAUACUGAAGAACAAGAACCAUUCAGUGUUUUUUUAAAGUCAAAUUUACUACAAUACCAAAACACAUGGUUGCCUUUUGUUUCCAUCUUUGCCUGCUUCUUGUUUGACUUCACAUUGUGUUUCUUUGUGAUAACAAUGCUUGCCCCCCCGCCCCCAAUCAUUGUAAGCCUGCUGAAGAUGCGUGUGUCGUAUCUAAAAGCUUCCCUUCAUUUGCAGAACAUGCAGUUUAUAUUUAAAGAAACCAGGGAGACAAAAUCAAGUUAAAUGCAGCACUCAUGCCUGUGUAUUUGUGUAAAUUUUGCGAUGUACUUUUUGUACAUAUUUUGUUAUAAAACAAAAAAAAAAA